UCAGUGAAGGAAAGCAAAAAACACCGCACACAUGUUUGAGAAAAGCAAACUGUAAACAAUUGUGAAAUCGGUGCCAUAAUCACUUGCUUGGCUUGCAGUUCUUCAGUCUGCUUUAACUGUAUGCUGAAGGUGGAAUAUAUAGGUGGAAUAUGAAUAAGGUUCCCGUCCGCUAUCCCUCGUGACUGGUUUUUCAUACAGCAGUCUGGCUAUCAGAGUUUGAAGUUGAAAUGGGGAUCAAUACGCCAGAGUGCCUUUGAAUUGACUUGUCACUUCUGGAUUUACUGGAUUGUUUCCGUUUUGUCGCGGACUGACUUCUCUUUGACAAAAACAUGUCCACGGACUCGCAGUCCGAAUUUCCCGAGGGAUUUUGCCAUGAUAAAUUUUGGGAUGCCAAUGCAACAUGGUACACGAAAACACCGGAGUUAACGCAAUGCUUCCAAGACACGAUCCUGGUAUGGAUACCCUGCGCAUUUCUCUUCCUGUUCCUGCCUGCGCAUGUUGUUAAAUACUGUCAGUCCAGGCUGCGGAUUACCAGAUGGACAUGGUUAUCCUUGUUUAAAACUGUUUUGUGUGGAGUGUUGUUUAUUUUGGCUUUGCUCGAAUUCUCACACCUGUUGAACAAAUGGAACCACGAUCAGGCGUCAGUUGCGCACGCAGCGUUAGUGGCUUGCUCACUGAAAAUGAUUGCAAUGAUUGUGGCGAUCCUUUGUAUUUCCAUGCACAAGUACCGAGGUCAGAUAUCGUCACUGGUGCUCUUCCUUUUCUGGUUAUUCUUAUCCAUCUGCGAAGGACUGCGAUUUUGGAGCGAAAUUGACGCAAACUGGAAUAAGGCCAAUGCUGAUGAUUUUAUUUUAACCAUUCAUCUGGGGUGGCUGCCUUUAUCCUUGGCGCAGCUGAUCCUUUCGUCCAUUGCCGACAAUUUUAGCGAACGAUUGCAACACGGACCGAAUCCGAAUCCGGCAGGGACAGCAUCAUGGCCAAAUCGGCUUGUGUUCUGGUGGUUUAAUCAUAUUGCUUAUUCCGGCUGGAAGAGACCUUUGGUGCAAGAGGAUAUGUACGAUCCGCUGCCCGACAAUCGAGCUCAUGUCAAUGCUGUCCUUUUGCAAAACAAUUGGACCGAAGAAAUGGUUAAGAUGUACAAGUCACCAAAAUCUUCCAAUGGAAAGAAUACCUAUACUUACAAACCAUCAGUCUGGAAAGCUUUGUUUAAGACUUUCUGGAAGCCAUUUUUCACGACAGUUCUUUUACGACUAGGAACGGAUAUCAGUAUCUUUGUUACACCCCAGCUGUUGAGCUUGCUUAUAACAUUUGUGCAAAACAAAGACAUUGAACCCUGGAAAGGUUAUGUUUUUGCGGCUGCAUUGUUCUCGAGCACAUUCUGCCAGGCGAUUUUCAAUAAUAACUACAUGCAUGUCGCCUUCCGCACUGGAAUGCGAGUAGAAGCGGCGCUUAUUACAACGAUUUAUCGUAAGGCCCUAACAAUCACCAGUGCGGUCAAACAGCAGAGCAGUGUCGGCGAAAUAGUGAACCUAAUGUCAGUGGAUGCUUUGCGUUUCUACGAUUUUAUGUCCUUCGUCCAUUUUCUGUGGUCAGCUCCUUUGCAAGUCAUUUUGGCAAUGUACUAUCUCUAUAACUUAUUUGGAGCUGCUGCAUUUGCUGGUCUUGGUGCUAUUAUCCUGACGUUUCCCAUAAACGCUUUUGCAUUCAGCAAAAUGCGUCAGAUUCAGAAUGUUCAAAUGAAGGAGAAGGAUAAGCGAAUCAAACUGAUGAAUGAAAUUUUGAACGGCAUUAAAGUGUUGAAGUUGUACGCAUGGGAAGAACCAUUUGAAAAACUGAUCUUAAGCAUCCGAAAUAUCGAGUUAUCUAUGUUGAAAAGAGCCGCGCUGUUUGGGGCUUUAUCCUACGUGGUGUUCGUCAUGACUCCGUUCACCGUGACAAUAUCCACAUUCGCCACGUACCUCAUGACUAGCGAAGAAGGCAGCUUUGGACCGGAUAAAGUAUUCGUAGCCAUAUCGCUUAUUAACAUCCUCCGUCAACCGCUAGCUAUCGUCAGUCCAGCAGUUACCACUGCCGUCCAGGCUAAGAUAGCAGCCAAGCGGCUGUCAAAAUUCUUGAGAAGCGAUGAGUUGGACCUUACAGAGGUGGAAGAACUUCCAUCCGCCGAUCCGAACGCUGUGGUGAUCAGAGAUGGUAAUUUCAAGUGGAGCAAAGACGAUCCAAUUGUGCUGCGUAACGUCAGUAUUGCUGUGCCCGAACGAAAACUGGUGGCUGUGGUUGGACAAGUGGGCGCUGGCAAGUCAUCUCUGUGCUCGGCCAUCAUUGGUCUGAUGGAGAAAGCCAGUGGAAGCGUUGCGCGAAAGGGACAUUUAGCGUACGUUCCUCAGCAAGCCUGGAUUCAGAAUUUAACAGUGAAAGAAAACAUUCUUUUCGGAAAAGAAAUGAAUGAAGGGCGUUACCAGGAAGUUAUUCGAGCAUGCGCCUUAACGCCGGACCUGGAAUCGUUUUCUGCUGGGGACGAAACGGAGAUAGGGGAGCGUGGGGCAAAUUUAAGCGGUGGACAACGGCAGCGAAUUAGUCUGGCUCGAGCGGUGUACAGUGAUGCCGAUGUUAUUAUCCUGGAUGACCCGUUAAGCGCUGUUGACGCUCAUGUAGGGAAGCACAUAUUUGAAAACGUUAUUGGACCCAACGGCCUGCUGAAGAACAAGACACGGAUAUUGGUUACCCAUGGUAUUGGGUACCUACCCCAGACGGACCAUAUCUUUGUUUUAGCCAACCACACCGUUUCUGAAUCUGGCACUUACCAACAACUGCUUCGCAACAGGGGAGAUUUUGCGGAAUUUUUGAGAACGUAUCUGACCGAGGAGGACGACGAAGAAGAAACCGCACAACGCGAUCCGGAAACAGUGUCGAGGAAAGAGCAGCUGCUGGAAGAACUGGGGGAGAAACGGUCUCGAAGCGAUAGUAAUGUCGACGCCCGGCGCUCAUCUACGGCGUCUUCGUUGAAACGCGUACGGAGUGUCCUGCGACAGGCAUCGAAGGUGUCCAAAAAAGAGCGGGAAACUGAGAAAAAAGCGCAGCCCGAACCGAUUACGGGAAAACUGGUGGAAGCAGAGAAGGCGGAAAUUGGAGGUGUAAAAUGGACCGUGUAUUUGACGUUCAUAAAACAUUUGUCAUAUCGGACGGCAUUCAUGAUUCUCAUAUUUUAUGGUGGGUAUUCGGCGAUUGGGGCGGCGGCGAGUUUCUGGUUGAGUGAUUGGUCCAGACUGCAAAAUUCUGACCGAAAAGAAACGGACUAUCGGCUGGGUGUUUAUGGAGCGCUUGGAUGUGGACAGUUGGUCCUGAUUAUAUGCCACACGCUCACGAUGGCUUACGGUCGUGUCCGAGCCGGUCGCUAUCUGCACGAAGGCCUCCUGCGACGGAUUAUGCGCGCACCCAUGUCCUUCUUCGACACCACCCCUCUGGGUCGUCUGGUCAACCGCUUCAGCAAGGACGUAGAUACGGUGGAUGUACUGAUUCCCUCCAAUUCCGAUUUAUGGCUGUACUUCAUUUUCGGUACACUCAGCGUUAUCGUUGUAAUAUGUGUGACCGCUUGGGUGUUCAUCAUCAUUCUCAUCCCUCUGGUCAUCCUGUACUUUUUCUUGCAGCGCUUCUACAUUGUAACAAGCACACAGCUGAAACGUUUGCAGUCCGUAUCGCGAUCCCCUAUCUUCUCCAACUUUCAAGAGUCCCUUUCUGGAACCGGUGUUAUUAUCGCUACGAAACAGACGGAACGAUUUAUCCGCGCAAAUGAACGUCUGAUGGACAAUAAUGAUAUGUGCUUCUACUUGAGUUUGGUUUCGCAAAGAUGGAUCGCUGUUCGCUUGGAACUGAUCGGUGUCCUGAUCACGGUUUCCGCCGCGCUGUAUGCUGUGGCCGGUCGAGAUCUAUCGUGGGGGAUGGAACCGAGUCAGGCAGGUUUGUCCAUUGGUUACUCGUUAUCCGUUACCGGGUUGCUGGCGGGUGUGCUGUGGAUUACAUCGGAGUUGGAGAGCAACAUUGUGGCGGUGGAACGCAUCAAAGAGUAUUCGGAAGCACCCCAAGAAGCGGCUUGGGUUGUGCCUUCUUCACGCCCACAGGGCGACUGGCCGCCAGAGGGACGUGUGGACUUCAAAGAUUAUCAGACACGCUACCGGCCGGGUUUGGAUUUGGUGUUGAAGGGUGUUACGGCGCGGAUCGCUAGUGGCGAAAAGAUCGGUAUUGUGGGCCGGACGGGAGCCGGCAAGAGUUCCAUGACACUGGCCUUGUUCCGCAUUAUCGAAGCGGCAUCUGGAUCGAUCGACAUCGACAAUCUGAACAUCGCGGACAUUGGUCUGCAUGAUGUGCGAUCUCGAAUCACUAUUUUACCUCAGGAACCGGUGCUUUUCAGUGGAACUUUAAGAAUGAACUUAGAUCCUUUCACGAAAUACACGGAUGCAGAGAUUUGGGAUGCUCUGGAACAUUCGCAUUUGAAGCAGUUUGUCAGUACACUUCCAGAAGGCUUACAUCAUCUUGUGGUCGAUGGUGGUGAAAAUUAUAGUGUUGGACAGCGGCAGUUAAUCUGUUUGGCUCGUGCGCUUUUGAGGAAAACAAAAAUUCUGGUACUGGAUGAAGCAACCGCUGCCAUUGAUUUGCAAACGGAUGAUCUUAUUCAACACACCAUACGGGAUAAAUUCGCCGAGUGUACGGUCUUGACCAUUGCCCAUCGCAUCAACACUAUCAUGGACAGCACUAGGAUUAUGGUUCUGGAUCAAGGGCGGAUAAAAGAAUUUGGCCCACCACAGGAACUUCUGAAAGACCAUAACAGCAUCUUUUACGGCCUGGCCAAAACGGCUAAUUUGGUGUAGUACGGUGACGCACGUACGGCAUUUUUAACAGGUUCAUGUUUUCAAAUCGGCUCUGAUUGUUUGGAAAAGUAUUCCUGUUUUCAUUCACAGUUGUGAUUUCUUGUUGAAUUUUGUUGAUAAUUGUGAUUUCUUAUGGGCAUUCUGUUGUGUCCGAUUUUUUUGUUUGUUUUAAGAAUUUUUGGUGUAUUUAUUUGCAGUUUUUAGCAAGAUGGUUUUAACGAAGUUAAUGGGGU